AGGCCCCAGGGUGCAUGUGCCAAGCCCACUUUUCCCAGUAAGGGAAUGGUGGCUCACAUAAACAGCAGUCGACUCAAGGCCAAGGGUGUGGGCCAACACAACAAUGCCCAGAACUAUGGAAACCAGAGCUUCGAGGAGCUGCAAGCAGCCUGUCUAAGGAACGGGGAGCUGUUUGAAGACCCCUUAUUCCCUGCCAAACCCAGCUCACUGGGCUUCAAGGAACUAGGCCCCAACUCCAAGAAUGUUCAAAACAUCUCCUGGCAGCGGCCCAAGGACAUCACCAGCAACCCUCUAUUCAUCGCCGAUGGGGUCUCUCCGACAGACAUCUGUCAGGGGGUGCUUGGAGACUGCUGGCUGCUGGCUGCCAUCGGCUCCCUCACCACGUGCCCCAAACUGCUGUACCGCGUGGUGCCCAGGGGCCAGGGCUUCAGGAGAAAUUACGCUGGCAUCUUCCACUUCCAGAUUUGGCAGUUUGGGCAGUGGGUGGACGUGGUGGUGGAUGACCGGCUGCCCACAAAGAACAACAAGCUGGUGUUCCUGCACUCACCUGAGACCUCUGAGUUCUGGGGUGCCCUGCUGGAGAAAGCCUAUGCCAAGCUGAGCGGGUCCUAUGAAGCACUGUCAGGGGGCAGCACAAUGGAGGGCUUUGAGGACUUCACAGGGGGCGUGGCCCAGAACUUCCAGCUCCACAGGCCCCCAAAGAACAUGCUGAGGCUCCUUAGAAAGGCCAUGGAUCGAUCCUCCCUCAUGGGCUGCUCCAUUGAAGUCACCAGCAAUAGUGAAUUGGAAUCAAUGACCCAGAAGAUGCUGGUGAGGGGACACGCUUACUCAGUGACUGGGCUUCAAGAUGUCCCCUACAGAGGCAAGAUGGAAACACUGAUUCGGGUCCGGAAUCCCUGGGGCCGGAUUGAGUGGAACGGAGCCUGGAGUGACAACUCCGGGGAGUGGGAAGAGGUGGCCCCAGAGAUUGUGACAAAGCUGCUGCACAGGAAGGAGGACGGGGACUUCUGGAUGUCCUACCAGGAUUUCCUGAGCAACUUCACGCUCUUGGAGGUCUGCAACCUCACACCCGAUGCGCUCUCCGGGGCCUGCAAGAGCUAUUGGCACACCACGUUCUACCAGGGCAACUGGCGUAGGGGCAGCACCGCAGGGGGCUGCAGGAACCACCCCAACACAUUCUGGACCAACCCCCAGUUUAAGAUCUUUCUCCCCGAGGAGGACGACCCAGAGGAUGACUCAGAGGAUGAUGCAGUCGUCUGCACCUGCCUGGUGGCCCUGAUGCAGAAGAACUGGCGGCACGCACGGCCAGAGGGGGCUCAGCUGCAGACCAUUGGCUUUGUCAUCUUCUCGGUCCCAAAGGAGUUUCAGACCAUCCAGGAUAUCCACUUGAAGAAGGACUUCUUCAUGAAAUAUCAGGACCACGGCUUUUCAGAGACCUUUGCCAACUCGAGGGAGGUGAGCAGACAACUGCGGCUGCCUCCGGGGGAGUAUAUCAUUAUUCCCUCCACCUUGGAGCCGCACAAAGAUGCCGACUUCCUGCUCCGCGUCUUCACAGAGAAGCACAGCGAGUCCUGGGAACUGGACGAAGUCAACUACGCUGAGCAGCUCCAAGAGGAGAAAGCCUCUGAGAAAGACCUGGACCCGGACUUCGUACACUUGUUUGAGAUAGUGGCGGGAGAGGGCUUGGAGAUAGGCAUGUUUCAGCUGCAGAAGCUGCUCAACAAGAUGGCCACCAAACUCAAAAGCCUCAAGAGCCGGGGCUUUGGUGUGGACGCUUGCCGCUGCAUGGUCAACAUCAUGGAUAAAGACGGCUCUGGCAAGCUGGGGCUUUCAGAGUUCCAGGUCCUGUGGAAAAAAAUCAAGAAAUGGACGGACAUCUUCCGAGAGUGUGACCAGGACCACUCGGGCACCUUGAACUCUUAUGAGAUGCGCUUGGCUAUUGAGAAAGCAGGCAUCAAGGUGAACAACAAGGUAAUGCAGGUACUGGUGGCCAGGUAUGCAGAUGACAACAUGAUCAUAGAGUUUGACAGCUUCAUCAGCUGUUUCCUGAGGCUAAAGGCCAUGUUCACAUUCUUUCUAACCAAGGACCCCAAGAAUACUGGCCAUAUUUGCUUGAACCUGGAAGAGUGGCUGGAGAUCACCAUGUGGGGGUAG